CUCUUCCUCAAAGCACCUCCCUUAUCAGACACAUACAUCAACGCAGAGGCACUUUGGGAAGGAGGAGUUACGAAAGAAAAAAAUGCAAGAGUAAUAUGGGAACUGGGAGGAUCUUGUCCAAAAUUAGUAUGCAUAUUGGAGAUCUGAAGAAAAAUGGGAGAGUAAGUUGCUCUAAUCUGCCCUGUUUGUAAUAGCGCUGAAUUUGUGACAGACUGGAUGACUCUUUUGAUCCCUUUCCAUCCAAUCAUGAUUGGUAUACAGGGUCAACCUUUGACCAUAUUUUGCAACUCAGUUGGUCACAUCCAGCAACAUCCUGCAACAAACUGUUCCAGAGAAAAUGCCGAAUGCUAAUGAGUGAGUUGUAUUUCUUCUCUUGUUUAAAAGAAGACUUUUACAUUCUUGUCAUACUGGACAGGGCAACUGUCAAGGCUACAAAGUGGCAAGCACUAUGCUUCAAAGUGUUUGCCAGAUACCUUCAUGGAUUUUGCUUACUUUCUUUUCCUGGAGCCUUUCGGAUGGAGGGAAGGUGCUGGUAAUACCUGCCGAUGGCAGUCACUGGCUCAGUCUCAAACCAGUAAUGGAAAACCUUCAGCAAAGAGGACAUGAAUUAGUCGUUGUUGCCCCUGAAGCAAACUUGUGGAUCAAGGCAUCUGAAGCCUACACAAUGAAAACAUUUGCUGUCAGCCACACAACGGAAUACUUGAAAGCAGAAUUUCAGAAGCUUGGCCACAGGAUUUUUGCACACCAGCCUUUUCUAACAAAAAUGACAGAGAGUUUUGCAAAAGUAAGAAAUAUCACAACACUCUUCUUUGACAACUGCAAGCAGCUCUUGUACAACAAAGAACUGAUUACUUACCUUGAAGAAAACCAGUUUGAUGUUGUCUUGAUGGAUCCAGUGUCUCCAUGUGGACAAAUUCUGGCUGAGCAUUUAUCCAUUCCCUCAGUUUACUACUUACGUGGAAUUCCCUGUGGCCUGGAUUUUGAGGCAAGUCAGUGUCCAAACCCACAUUCGUAUGUACCAAAAUUCUUCACACGCAAUACUGAUCGCAUGGUAUUUAACCAGAGAGUGAAGAAUUUUUUAGUUGGCUCACUGGAAUUCAUAAUAUGUUAUCUUCUUUACUCACCAUAUGAAGUUCUCAGCAAGGAAUUCCUACAACGAGAUAUGACAAUAACAGAGCUCUAUAGUCAAGCAUCUAUAUGGCUUCUGCGCUACGACUUUGUGUUUGAAUAUCCAAGACCUGUCAUGCCCAACAUGGUCUUCAUUGGUGGUAUAAACUGUCAAAGAAAAAGUCCAUUAUCUCAGGAAUUUGAAGCCAUAGUAAAUGAAUCAGGCGAACAUGGCAUUGUGGUGUUUUCCUUGGGUUCUAUGGUCUCUGAAAUUCCAAUGAAAAAAGCCAUGGAAAUUGCUGAAGGACUUGGAACCAUACCUCAGACGGUGCUGUGGCGGUACACAGGAGAAACUCCACCCAACCUUGCCAAGAACACAAAGCUUGUCAAGUGGCUUCCACAAAAUGACCUGCUUGCUCACCCCAAGACCAGAGCCUUUAUCACACAUGCAGGCUCUCAUGGGGUAUAUGAAGGGAUCUGCAAUGGAGUACCAAUGGUGCUGAUGCCACUCUUCGGGGAUCAAAUGGAUAACGCAAAGCGGGUGGAAUCUCGAGGAGCAGGAGUGGCUCUGAACAUAAUUGAAAUGACUGCAAAGGACAUAUCUGAAGCCCUGAAGGCUGUUAUUUAUGAUAAAAAGUAUAAAGAGAAUAUCCAGCGCCUCUCAGAACUUCACCUGGACAGACCCAUCCACCCUCUCGAUCUCGCUGUGCAUUGGGUGGAGUUUGUGAUGAAGCACAAGGGAGCUCCCCACCUGAGGCCAGCAGCCCAUGACCUCAACUGGGUCCAGUACCACUCUAUUGAUGUCCUUGCCUUCCUCCUGGCUGCAUCACUGCUAGCACUGUUCAUUUCCAUGAAGUGUUGCAUGUUUUGCUGCAGGAAGUGUUUCUGCAAAAGUGGAAGACUAACCAAGAAAAGCAAAUCAAAGUCUCACUAAAAUGUGGUGGGGCAUUAAGGAGUACAAGGAAAUAGGUCUUGCUCCUGAAGUCAUAAAGCAUCCUGCACCAAUGCUCGCAUGACUGUGGCCAAUUCACACGGGUUCUUUCCUAAAACAGAAAGAUUAUCACUGCUGUCACUGCUUGUCACUACCUAUCUCUUCACCCUCUGAAAACCCAGAAAUGGCCAUUGGGGCAGGGGCGCCUGGUUUACAAGGUGGUGUUUGUGGGAGAUGUAGCUAUGGAGACCUAGCUAUGCAAGAUACAUACAUACAUUUCCUGAUGUAGGAGCUUGGACAUUAAUUUUAGGAAAUUUGGAAAACUUUGAUAAUGCACACAUGAAUUUUGCAGAUCAAGCUAGGGAUGUAGUUUUCUUAUUGAAGGAAAAACAGAAAGCAAGGGUCUUUAGCCAGAUGUACUGUAUGUGGCAUAAGGUUUUGUGGACUCCAUUUUUCUUCAUCAAAUGUGUGGCAUGUCCAAGAAGAAUUGGGAACCUUUAAAGCACUGCAGGAGUCUUUGUGCCCAAGGAGAUUAUGAAUUUUUAUUACAAAUAUCCAUGAUACUAGAGCAGCCUCCGAUGAUGAUGAUGACGAUUACACUAUGUAGCAAAAUGUUUGUUUCUGGGUUAUAAAUGUCAUUUCCUAAGUAGUUCUAUAAUAAAAACAUGGAAAAAGUUGAUUAAACUUCAAAAACUUUGUUUUUGAGGGAUAUCCUGCAGCACAUUUUGCUACAGCUUUUCAAUUACUAUCUCUGGAGUCCCCAGUGGCGCAGUGGAUUAAACCCUUGUGCCAGCAGGACUGAAGGUUGGGUUGCUGACCUGAAGGCUGCUGGUUUGAAUCCAACCCAGGGAGAGUGCGGAUGAGCUCCCUAUAUCAGCUCCAGCUCCAUGCGAGGACAUGAGAGAAGCCUCCCACAAGGAUGGUAAAAACAUCAAAAACAUCCGGGUGUCCCCUGGGCAACGUCCUUACAGACAGCCAAUUCUAUCACACCAGAAGCAACUUGCAGUUUUUCAAAUCACUCCCCCCCCCCCCCACACACACACACAAUGACUACUCUGAGUCUCAACCAAUUCAACAUAGUUUGUGACCCACCGAAUGAAGUUUCUGGAGUAUAACAACUACUGUACUUUCAAAGUAAGCACUGCACAAUUAAACAGGAAAUAACACUUUCAAACCAGGAACAGAUUUUUUUUUCAAAUUUUGUUACAUAGUGUUAUUGCUCCCCCUCCCCAACUUCUCUGUCUUUGUUUUAUCUUCAAAAAGGCCAUUACUGCCUUUGUAUUUUUGUCUGUCAUAAGAGGAGUGCUAUGACAUUUACUGGUGCUGCAGUUUUUGGCUUUUUUAGAAGCACCGUGUGACAUAUUAAUCAAUGAAGGAACAGCAUUACAGAACAAUCCCAAACCUAAGCAGGAAUGAUGUGGGGAACAGCUCGUCAAAGCUCUGAGUUUACUGAUUUUCUUUGGUACUAUAAUCCUCUUAUACCGUCUUUCUCAUACUGUCGAUUGUGAGCUUCUACAGGGCCAUCUAGUGAAUUAAUGAUGUUAGUACUAAGAUUUGAAUCAAAGAAUCCCUGCUAUGGUACAGCACACAGCAGACUUGAAAAUGUCACUAUCCAAGGAAACCCCAAAUGUUGAUUAAGGCCCCUUUUACACUGCCAUAUAAAAUCCAGAUUAUCUGCUUUGAACUGGAUUAUAUGGCAGUGCAGAGUCAUAUAAUUCAAUUCAAAGAGAUAACGUGGAUUAUCUGCUUUGAUAAUCUAGAUUAUAUGGCAGUGCAGAAGGGGCCUAAAUCAGUUAGCCCCCCCCCCCCUAUUUGUUGGUUAAGAGAGCUACAAAUAGACUGAACAAGCCUCAAGCAAAGCACAAUUGUAACAACUACUAUCCAGCUAAAUAACUCCCUUAACCAUAUUUGACUUAACAUCAAUGUAAAUUAAAAAAAAAUAAGAGCACUGUGUACCUAACAUUUUGGCAUUACUGUGAGAUCCUACAUUGAACUAUGAAUUAAUAUGGUUGAUUGUUGUGUCACAUAUUCUGCAAAUAAACAUCACAUAAUAUGGAA